GCGCAACGAGACGACGAAAUCUCGUUUGACCAAGACGAAAUUAUCAAGGUGACCGAUUUUUCUGACCCUGAUUGGUGGGUUGGUAAAAAGAAGGACGGUUCAUUAGGAUUCUUUCCUAGCAAUUUUGUCACUCCCAAAGAAGAAAAUAACCAACAACAACAAGAAGAAGAACCUAAACAGGAUGUCGAAACCAAAGAUGACGUACCAGUGACAGAAGAACCCAUUGUUGAAGAAAAGAAAGAAAAAGUCGAUCAGGUCAUUGGUAUGGCUCGCGUCAUGGAAGAUUACGCCAUGCAAGAACCCGGUGAAAUCUCUCUUCAUCGUGGAGGCAUUAUUAACGUAUAUGAAGUCAUCGACGACCAAUGGUCUCGAGGCGAAUUAAAUGGCAAAGUUGGAAAAUAUCCUUCCAAGUAUGUUGAAGACAUUGAUAUGCCUGGACGUCCUGACCUUGGUCAACCUCAAUUAAGCAACGAAUCCCAAAAAUCACCCACUGAUGAAGAGCCUCCAAAAGGAGGUUUUAAAUUAGCCGCAUUUGGUGUGAAACAAGGUGGCAUUGGAAGUUUAUUAGCAGGUGGUUUCCCCGGAUUAAAGAAAACCGGCGGAGCUAAACCUGAAAAAACCGAGUCUGUUCCUCCUCCUCCCGCUACUGCCCCAGUUAUUCCUCAUCCUCCUGCUCCUGUUGCCCCUGCUGAUGCUACUGCUGAAGCUGCCGAGGAUGUUGAGGAAAAGAAGGAUGAUGUCGAGGAAAAGAAGGAAACGACCGAUGCCCCUCCUGUCGUCCCCACUGUCUCUAAACCUACACCAUCCGAAUCUGCAGAAACCCAAAAGCCUCUCGGAAAGGCAAUUGUAUUACAUCCUUAUGACGCUGAAAGUGAGGACGAACUGAGUCUUUUACGUGGUGAAUAUGUCGAGAUCCUUGACCGUCAUAUUGACGAUGGAUGGUGGAAGGGAAAGAAUGAAAAGGGACAAUCCGGUGUAUUCCCUUGUAACUUUGUACGUGAAUUGGAGGAUGAAUUGGUAGCUCCACCCACACCUACGCGUGCACGUCGUAACAUUUCUUCUUCCAGACCUUCCUCUGUUCAAUCUCCCGUUACAGCAAGACCUAUCUCGGUCCAAACACCUGCUCAAAGACCUUCUUCUCUUUCUGCUGCUAUACCUACUGCUUCUAAACCCGCUGCACAACCUUUCUCUCCCUCCAUUACUGAAGAAACCAAGGAAGAAGAAGAUGUGAUUGCAUCUCCCGCCGUAGAACAAGUGCAACCUCCUCUUGCCUCACCACCUGUUCCUGAGAGAGUCACAUCUCCACCUGUACCCGAAAGAGUGGUUUCUCCACCCGCACCCGAGAGAGUGACAUCUCCACCUGUACCUGAGAGAGUGAUUUCCCCACCUGUUCCUCAAAGAGUUACUUCACCUCCCGUUCCUGAACGAGUUCAAUCACCCGCUAUUGAAAAGGUUCAAUCACCUGCCAUUGAAAAGGUCGAAUCACCUGCUAUUGAAAAUGUUGAAUCACCCGCUAGUGAAUCUCCUGUUACUCUUGCACAGGAAGAAAGUAUCAAGUCACCCACUGAAGAAAGUUCGCCUGAACGUCAAGUGUCUGUAGCUAGUGAGGAGGAGAAAUCACCUGCCGUGAUCAAAGAAGAUCCUAUUUCAGAUGAAGAGGAAAAGGAAUCUGGUGUCGAGACCGAGAAAGCCGAAGAGGAGACUCCAUUGGCGGUAGAAGAAAAGACAGAGACUGCCGUGGAGGAAAAGGAGGAAGAAAAGAAUGAAUUUGAUAGUAUACCCAGUGGACCCAAACUCACAGCACCUACACGUGUUCGUAUGGGAGCAGGUAGAGCACGUCGCUCUCCUCAAUUGCAUCAAGAACCUAGUCAAACCGAAGUAUUGCAAAAGGAACUUGCAGAAGAACCCGUGGAAGAAAAGAAGAGUAGUCCUUCGCCACCUGCCAAACCCGUUAAACCCAUCUUUGCUAAAUUCCCUACGCCUUUUGCAGUGGGCGGUGAUGUGCUUUCCAAGAGUCAUUUAAAGCCUACACAAACACGUCGUCUGUGGGAUGAAAAACCAGCAGAGGAAACUAAGACAACGGAAGAUGCAGAGGAAAGUGCACCAGUGCGUCCUGCUGGUGUUAAAAAUCUGGCCUCUCGAUUCAAUUUUGCAGGACCACCUGGCGGUGGUGGUGGAAACGAAGUCCUCGAAACCAAAUUGAAAAAUCAUACAAAGAACGAAAUCGAAAAGCUUAAAAAGGAAUACGAUCAUUUAUUAAAUGAAGAACGUGAGCGUGUCUCCAGUUUGGAGAAAACAGUGCUUCAAUUGUUAGAAAGAGUCAACGCAUUGGAACAACAAAAAUAA